AUGACACCUUCGGAUAUUGCAAAUGAAGCCCUCAACUCCACCCUUGAGGCUGUGCAACCGCUCAUGAAGCGCUGUAUGAAAUUGAAGGAAAGCGACCCAACCGCAUUGAUAUUCUCCAAUGAGAUCGCCAGACGGGUGGCAAAAGAUUUGAAGCUUUAUGGGGGCGCUGCCACAUCGUUUUCCCCUCAGCUGCUGUCUUGUGCAGCCGUAAUACGGCAGCAUUCAAAAGCUGGGGCAUUUGUAUCAUUGCCUGACUGGAACUCCAUGGUCGACAAUGACCCGCGCAUUAAGACACACCCAUGGUUCCACAAGACUGUAGGUUAUCGUCCUCCGCCCCCCGCAUAUCCCGACGCAGAACCAGAACCCAGCAUGUCGUCAUCCACUGUUCCGGCGGAGCCAAAUUCAACGAGAGGGACUCUCGUAAUUGCAUCAAAGGCCCCAGACCUCAUUCAGUCGCUCCAUGUUGUCCCGGAGGUGCAACCAAGCAUAGCUGAGUUGCUACCUCCCGCUGCACCUGUUGUGGAACCUCUCAUAUCAGGUGGCAAUACACCAACCUGCCAGCCACAGAAAAGGAAACUGGAAACAAACGGCAGCGAACCCGAACCAAGUUUGGUACCCCAGAAGCCGGUUGAGAAACGACGGAGAAAGUUUGCGUCGGAUGAAGAGGGAAAUGGUGCCACUGGCACCAUUCAUGUGAAGGUGACAUUCAGAGCAUUACUUUGUUUGUUGCUAAUGGCGUUGUCCGUGAAAGCCCGCAAUCCUGUGGCUCCCACGGCGACAUCUCCAUCCGAAAUUGUGGACGAGAGAGGUUUUUGGGAUGCAGAAUCCAGG